UCGACGGUCAAUGACCCCAUCAAAGGAUGGAUAGAUAAUUUUAACGGACCGAUCGGACUAAUGACGGCAUGUGGCAAAGGAAUUGUACGAGUAACAUACGCCGAUAAAUCAAUAAUUCCCGAUUAUAUGGCCGUCGAUAUUUCCAUAAAAUCAAUGAUCGUAGCGGCUUGGCAUAGAUCUACAUUAAAUUGUUUGGAGGAGAACGAUGUUAUCCCCGUUUACAACAGUGCAUCUGUAUCAAAAUCUGUAUCAAACAAAGAAUUAUUAGAUUUAGGUAUGAAAACUCUUGAACAAUAUCCAUUCGAUGAAAUGUUGUGGCGACCAUCGAUCAAGUUUACGACCUGUUUUUACUACUAUUACAUCGUCACAGUUAUCGAGCAAGUCUUGCCAGCGAUAUUUGUCGAUGCCUUAUUGGAACUGAUUGGAAAACAACACAAGUAUAAAAACGUGUAUCAAUCUAUCUAGUACCUACUACCAGUACUACUUAUUUCUAUAUUAGAUGUAUUGAAUCAUUUAAUUAAAAAACAGAAAUUCGUUUUGGUUUCAACUCGACGGCAUCAAUAUAGCCAUAUAGGUAACCUUUAGCUGGUAUUUGU